UUGUGACGUCACAGCCGCGCCUCCCUCAGGCACUUAAAGCGACACUCACUCCGCUGUAUCUGUCAGUUCACCAGCGCUUGAAAGCCGCCGAUCCUUGAAUGUGGAGGCGGAAAUGCUGGAGAAGACAGCGCCCCACUCGCUACAAGGAAAGCCCGAGCACGUGUCCAUGUCCGUGAUCUGAUUGGAUACAUCGCCAUGACGUUCCGAGCACUGUGACGUCAUUCACUGGCUCUCAUUUUGGAAGGGAUUCAGUCGGCCAUCGCAGAUACACCAACAGCUUCGCUCUGGGAAGUGGCCGUUCACCUGCUCCGUGUGUGCGAAGAGACUCAUUCAGUUCACCCACCUUGUGAUGCUCCGGUUAAAAACGGACAGGAAUUUGUCUCCAGGAAUCUCAAACACGACACGCCAGUUUUGUUGUCUCUGUCUAGAUAUUUAAGAAGUGGAGCAAGGGAUCCUAUCGACCAUCCUUCCUGCUCAGACUGUGGGGAGGGAUUCACUCGGUCAUUUGACCAACUGGCAAGCCCGGCAUUUUACACAGGAGAAAGGCCGUUCACCUGCUCAGACAGUGGGAAUUGAUUCACUUGGUCAUUUCAACUGAAGGUACAUCAGCAAGUUCACACUGGGCAAGGCCAUUCAUCUGUUCUGUGUGUGAGAGAUUCUGCCGGGCAUCCCACCUGUGGACACACCAGUCAGAUGACACUGGGCAGUGGCUGGUCAUCUGCUCAAUUUCGGGGAAGGGAUUCUCUCAGUCAUCUGACCUAAUGGCACACCAGCGUGUUCACACCAGGGGGCAGCCAUUCACCUGCACAGUCUGCGGGAAGGGAUUCACUCAGUCAUCCCACCUACUGAGUCAUCAGCGAGUUCACACUGGGGAGAGGCCAUUCACCUGCUCAGAAUGUGGGAAGAGAUUCACUCAGUCAUCCACCCUACAGAGUCACCAGCGAGUUCACACUGGGGAGAAGCCAUUCACCUGCUCAGUCUGUGGGAAGGGAUUCACUCAAUCAUCCAACCUACUGAGUCAUCAGCGAGUUCACACUGGGGAGAAGCCAUUCACCUGUUCAGUCUGUGGGAAAGGAUUCACUCAGUCAUCCAACCUACAGAGUCAUCAGCGAGUUCACACUGGGGAGAAGCCGUUCACCUGCUCAGUCUGUGGGAAGGGAUUCACUGAUGCAUCCCACCUACUGAGUCAUCAGCGAGUUCACACUGGGGAGAGGCCAUUCACCUGCUCAGUCUGUGGGAAGGGAUUCACUCAGUCAUCCCACCUGCAAAGUCAUCAGCGAGUUCACACUGGGGAAAAGCCAUUCACCUGCUCAGUCUGUGGGAAAGGAUUCACUCAGUCAUCCAAACUACUGGUCCACCAGCAAUUUCACACUGGGGAGCGGCCAUUCACCUGCUCACCGUGCGGGAAGGGAUUCACUAGCUCAUCUAAACUGAAGGUACAUCAGAGAGUUCACACCGGGGAGAAGCCAUUCACCUGCUCAGUCUGUGGGAAGGGAUUCACUCAGUCAUCCACCCUACAGAAUCAUCAGCGAGUUCACACUGGGGAGAGGCCAUUCACCUGCUCAGAAUGUGGGAAGCGAUUCACUCAGUCAUCCAGCCUACAGAAUCAUCAGCGAGUUCACACUGGGGAGAGGCCGUUCACCUGCUCAGAAUGUGGGAAGGGAUUCAUACUGUCAUUUUACCUACAGAGACACCAGCGAGUUCACACUGGGGAGAGGCCAUUCACCUGCUCAGUCUGUGGGAAGGGAUUCACUCAGUCAUCCAACCUACUGGUACAUCAGCGAGUUCACACUGGGGAGAAGCCAUUCACCUGUUCAGUCUGUGGGAAGCGAUUCACUCAGUCACACCAUCUGCAGAAUCAUCAGCGAGUUCACACUGGGGCGAAGCCGUUCACCUGCUUAGACUGUGGGAUAGGAUUCACUCAGUCAUCACAACUACUGGCACACCAGUCAGUUCACAAUGGGAGGUAGCCGUUGUUAUGAAUCCCUGGGUUUCGUUUGCUGUGGACUGUCAUUUUAAAAGAGAGAGAGAGAGAUUAAGAAGGUGAAUCAGCCUGACUUGCAGCUGGUUUACAUCGUGUGCAGCUUGUUUAGUUUUAACCGAGGACAUAGACACUCAGAGUCAGAUGGAGACGGAGGAAAAAUGGAAGGAUCAAAACCAGGGAACUAGGGGCCAAGUGUCACCGUUUGGAACUUUCCUAUGCCCACAAGGGUGGGUUAAUUAUCGAUUUACCAUACAUCGAAUGUGUGGUUGUCACCUUGUUUGAUCCAUAGGAGUGGAUCGGAUUUGGCGCAUCCUGUGAAGACCACUUAUGUGUUAACCCUUGCCGGCUGUGGUGUGGUUGUUCACUUGAAGACGACACACCUUGUGACAAGUCACUUUCAGUGAUAAUUUGUAUGUGGAUUUGGAGCGAUGACAGAUAAAAUCUACAGUUACUGUUCUCUUGAUUUACCACCAAAGAACCUGUGGAAUUCUACAUAUUUGCGUUUUUUCGCCAUUUACCCUGGAUUACAAAUCUCUCUCUCUCAUCGCCUAUACUGUAGUCGAACUGAACUUUCAUACUUUACCAUCUCAAGACUCUAAGCCUUGUUUCCCCCAAGCUCAAUUGUUUGGGAGUUACAUUUACACACAGUUAUAAACUUAACAUUGUUAACUUCUGUUUAUCUUGUUUAAGUUGCAAUAUUACAAGUAGAUUCUAAUAAGGAUAGAUUUAGCAUCAAAACCAGACUCCAGGUGUAGUCUAUUGCUGCUGGUUUGUUUCUAAAGCAUUAUGGUUCAUAACAAAUUUGGGGCCUGCAUCUGGGAUAUGAACAAAUGUGGGGUCUAUUGAUCGAUUAAAUAUCAAUUUGAUUGGGGAAAUCCCUUUUGACUUAUUUGUGUGUGGAAAUCAGCAGCAAUGGACAUUUAUAAAUUUCUGGAAUCGCCAACCCCUGAGGCAUCAGGAAAAGCCAAAAAGAAUGAAUUACUGACUGUUGCUAAUGGGUUGAAUCUUAAGCAGGUAAGGGGGUGUGAAGGACCAGGGCAAGCAUAAAACUGGGAAAGGAGGUAAAGGAAAACCAAUAGGGAUUUUAUAAAAUAUAGGCAUCCACCCCCUUUUUCAGAGACUGGGAUCCCUGUUUCUACCGGUAAUAAUGUGCAUUUCAAUGUGUUCACUCAGCCCUCGAUUCUCUAAAUGAAAGGGUUAUCCACAUUUGAUCUUUCUUUAUAUGAUGACCCAACCAUUUCAGGGAUCAUUCUAUUGAAACUCCAUUGCACUCUUUAUAACAAAUACUCUCUAACCACUUUGUUAAUCCUCUGUGCAACAAAAUGUGCAUCUUCCGCAGCCCCAUGUUGCCCCAACCACUCACCUCCUGAACCUUUCAUUGGCCCCACUUGCACGUCAACCAUCUGCCGGUGUUUUCCCCCUAAUGUGAAUCCCUCUGCUCACCACCACUGUGGGCUCAGACAUUUCCGCAGAUUUCCACCGGGACAAACAUCCUGUCUGUCCCCUCUCACACCAUUUUUUUUCCUUUCAAUAAAAUCGCUCCUCUCCCUCCCCAAGGAACUGGCAUCAAACCGACAGGCCGAGCGGUCUCCUACCUCUCGACGACACAUUAGCCUUCGGCCGCAGGAGACGCUUCACAAACGCCCCAACUUCCCUUGGAGGGAAAUGGAACUAAAUCAAAAAACGGACAUUUACUCGACUGUGAUGUGGAGUUUGAGGCUGGGGCGAGAGUCGAAAUCAGCGGGGGUAACGCCCUCUGGACUUGUCCACCUCUGCGAACUGGUGGUAACAAGUGAUUGACAUCGCUUUGCACCAGAGGGAAUAGAGCAGCCCCUGAAUCCUCUGUUGACAGCUGUGGGGGAGGGCUGGUCACAUGAUUAUUAGCCCAGCUAUUAAACUGAUAAAGCCCGAGCUCAGCAACACAUGGAUGACGUAAGACGCUGUGCACGUAAGGGCAGAUCCCGGUGUGGGUCGCCCAUGAGUGACGUCAGGCACGAGGGAGGUCUGUGCGACUUCACCUGUGGGGAUGCACUCCCAUUUAAAUGCACCUUAAUGUGCGUUUCUUAUGAUUUCAGAGGGAUAACAACAUUAAUCACGGGUUUCAUUACUGAAUCCACUGUUGUGAGGUGUAAAGUCUCCUGUUAUGUGUCCGGCUGGGCCUUGUUGGUUGGGGGCUAUUGAUCUAUUAAUUAUCUAUUUGAUUGGGCAUAUCCCUUUUGAUUUAUUUGUGUGUGGAAAUCAGCAGCAGUGGAUAUUGAUAAAUUUCUGUAGGUUGGAUGACUGAGUGAAUCCCUUCCCACGUACUUCCUCAUCCAGGUCAUCCACUCUUGGUCGUUCUGGAAUCAUUCUUUGACACUUCUCCGGACCCACUCCAAUACGAACACAUCUUUUGCUCAGAUAAUAAGUCGAUCCCAAUACAGGGAGUGCCAAGCAGACGGGCUGAGUAAGCGGCUGGACCACUCUGGGGACUGCAGAGACUGACCAGGUGCCCAAUAGGUAUUUUACCUUUUGUCACUCUCCGUUACUUCAUUUGGAGGUACGGUCCCUCACCCAAGGCUGAUUGCUUAGCUUGACGGGAUUGGGAAAGAAUCUGUCGAGAGGCUCGUAUAAGGAAGGCAAAAUUUUGCUAAGUGGGCAUGUGGCGGUACCAGGUAAAUUUUACUUAAGUGGGCAGGAGGCAGACAUGCCAGGUAAUUUCAUUAAUUGAGCAGGAGGUGCCAGCCGGGUAAAGUUACCUGAUCGAUAAUUGAGCAGGAGGCUUUGUGCCGGGUAGAUUACUUAGAGGACAUGGGUCAAUUGCAGUCGAUUGAUGCGAGUGGGCCAGGAGCAGCCCUACACAAUAUGUCUGAGAGUUUUCCAGGCAAGGAAAAAGAUUUUCAAAUGUUGAGUGCAGCGCUGAAUAAGAAAUUGGGGAACAAACUGUGGCCACGGGGGGGGGAAGGGAAACUGGGAUAUUACAUCAUGAGAACAAACAGUCAAUUUGAUAUGGAAAAAGAACUGUGGAAAGAAGUGGAAAUUGUUGAAAGGGAGUGAAAGGAAAAGCAGAUAUGAAGUGGAACAGUAUGUUAUUAGCAAGUUGGAGUAAGAAUGCAUGUGACAAUGGGGUAGAGGUAUGUACUGCAAAGAUUGGGAGACGCUAAAAGUGAAGUGUGAAUGGGUGGAUGUGCGCCGAAAACGAGAGCAGGAAAAACAACGUAAGCAAACCAAUGCCGGCCCAGAUAGGAGAGAAGGGCAGGAACGUCAGACAGACAGACAGACAAACGUACUUUAUUGACCCUGAGGGAAAUUGGGUUUUGUUACAUACUGAUAGGGAAACAAGGGAUCCCAAACCCAUGUCUGUCAUACCGACCCUGCUUGAGGACAGUGACCGUGAUGAGGAGUGGGAACCCCCCCCCCGUACCUCUCCUACCUUACCAGGGGCCAAGUGCACCCACUGCCCCCAAACCCCAACGAUGGCCGCUCGGGUAAAACAGCAGGACAGGGAAGUGGGGGGGGGGGGGGGGGGGGUGCCACUUUACCAUGAGAUCCUGAAAGGGAAUACAGAGGGUUAUUCCGAGACAGGGAGGGAAGAAUCCAAUAAAACCCCAGAGUUAAUGGCUCCACAAAGACAAUUCCCACCCGAAUGCUGCCCAAUCCACGAGCAGGAGGAGGGACAGCCCUCAGUGAUACCUGUGUAUGCACCCUGGAAGCCUCAAGAAAUGAUAAUGAUCAUGAAUCAGGCCCCAGAUUCCAGCGCAGUGUGUCCGCAAUACAAAAAUGUUUAAUGCGACUCCACAAGAUUUAUUCAGUCUCUGCUGCAUGAUUCUCUCAGCUGCUGAGGGGAGGAAAUGUAAGGCAGAAUUGAGAUACCAAACCUAUCAGGAGUUACAGGCGGGAAACCAUAAUGAGAAUGAACAGACAGACCAGAUCAUUCAAGCCUUGGAAAGGGCUCUCCAGCAACCUGUAAACAUUAGUAAAGUACUUGAAUGCAAACCUACCCCUGGGGAAUCGGGACCAGACUAUUGGGAAUGAUUUGUGGCCUGCUAUGGCACUUUCACAGGAGACCAAGCCUUUAAUAAUGGGAAUCUGUCCCCCCAGUUUAAUGCCCUACUGUUCUAUCGCUUACCAAUAUAGAUAGCCAACACGAUUAAAAAUAAUAUGGACUGGCCUGGCAAUGACCGAAAUCGAAUGCGACGAGCUUUGACAUAUCAUUGCGACCCGACUUUCGAAUCCCGAUCAACCUUGAAGAGAACUAAUAUUAAAGGUGAAUAUGUUCAGUGGAAAGAAGGAUGCGAGUGGGCUAUAUCUGGGGAUCAGAAGAAAUGAAAGCUACCACGGGACAGGUGGGGAAGACAACCCGCUUAGAAAUGGACAAGCAAAGAUGCUUCCUACUGUGAUUUCCACCCCUCAGGAAGAGCCCAAUGUAACAUUGCAAGUUGCUGGAAUUCCAGUUCCAUUUAUGAUUGAUAUGGGGCAACCACAACCACUCUCGAUCAGGAAACAGUAACAGAAAAGGGAUUCCAGCUAUCAGACGCUACAAUCACUCUGUCUGGCUUUGAAGGCAUAGCAUGUACGUGUUCACAUAACCAGCCUCUGCAGGUGGAAUUCCAGGGGAACCAGUGUGAGGUUUCAUUCACAGUCACCACCAGUCGGGGGUGUCAUCUCGUAGGGAGAGACGCUCUGUCUGUUGGAAGUCGAGAGCCUAUGCACAGACAAUGGUAUCACCCUGCAACUAGCGAACAACCAACAGCUUCCCCAAUUUCUGAACCCCCCCCCCCCCCCAGGUAGUGGGCACUUAAUCUGGACUCCACUGAGUUUGAACCCCACCUGCCAGCGGCCGACCCUCAUGUGAUUCUGUGCUUUGACACUAGGGGGUGCUCAUCUGAGGAAAGCCAUAUUUCUGCACCCCUCGAGGGACAGAAGUUCCCUUUCACGGUGCUUGGACAGGUUAAAGGAAGAGAGGGCAGCUCAUUACUGUCCGAAGUUCUGGAUUUCCUUUUGCGACAGACAGGACUGGUGGCUGCCCAUACCAGCAUCAGGGUUUGCCCUGGGUUCCCUGACUACACCCUGACAAAACAAGCCUCCAGCAUGAAAGCCUCCAGACUGGCAAGAUUUCCUGUGGGCCAUCUCCGAUACUUGAAGGAGUCGGAAGUGAAGACGGGACAUCUAGUAAAACUCUCUUUUAAUAUUGACAAAACCCAAGAUGGUGUACCACAUCUCUGGGCAAUUUCAGGCCAUGAAGUUGGCCGCACCAACUGCCCCCUGUCUGGGUCACAGUGAAAGAAGGACAGACUCUCCCAUCCAUUCUGCAGUACUCCCUCAAGCCUGAGGCAACUUGUUACGAGGAUGGAAUCUCUUUUGUGGACCCAGCAGGGAAACGAUGCGAUAGUGAUGAACAGUUGAAUAGUUGAACAGGCCUCUUUUGAAGCAGCUGUCUCUGCCCAGAAGGCUGAGCUGUUUGCUUUGACUCGUGCCUGUAUCCCAGGAACAGACAACAGUGGGAACGUUUACACAGACUCCCGUUAGGCAUUUGGAAUUGUACAUGACUACGGGGCUCUCUGGGAACAUGGGGAUUCCUGACUUCCUCUGGCCACCCCAUUAGUAAUGCCACCUUUGUAAACAACUUACUCACCAUUCUACAGCUACCUCGAGUUUUGACUAUUAUUAAAUGUGCAGCCCACGCCCGCAUGUCUAACCUGGUCACUGCAGGCAAUGCUUUAGCAGGUUAGACAGCGAAAAGUGCGGCACAAUCCUCGGUAGUUGUAGUCCGCUCGGGUUCCCGUCAAGCAAUCCUCCGUGACUCAAGCAGAACGGGUUUGCCGGACACGAGGGAGGUGCGUACUUUUCAGGGGGACGCCUCUAAGGAUGAGCGCAAACUGUGGUCCCAGAUGGGGUUCCAGAAAGACCCCGAUCUAGGUUUUUGGAUCACCCCAGUGGGACAGGUCUGGGUUCCUACACAGUUUUUACCAACAUUGGUCAAUUAUGUAAAUAACUGUACACACUUGGAAAAGGAGGGAAUGGUUGGUAUCCUGAACCCUGCACACCGGAUACGACUCCCUUGACAGGUGAAACUUUUUCGUGUCUACAAGUUGAUUUCAUUGAAUUGCCUAGAGUACAUUGCUAUAGAUACUGCUUGGUUAUUAUAGAUGUGUUUAGUAGAUGGGCUGAAGCUAUUGCAACUACCAUUAAUACUGCUGUGACUGUUGUGAAGGUUUUAUUACGGGAAAUAAUUCCCAGGUACGGCCUGCCAGAGAUGCUGAGCUCUGACAAUGGCCCACAAUUUGUGGUGAAAGCCAACGAAGGAGUUUGUAACAAAUUAGCUAUCAAGCAACAAUUCCACUGUGUACACCACCCACGGGCCACUGGCAGAGUGGAAAGAGCCAAUGGCACUCUGAAGAGUAAACUGGCCAGACUAACAGCGGAGACUGGACUCACUUGGUUGAAGGUCCGACCAGUCGCCCGAUUCCACACGAGGGUUACCCCACAGGGGAAAACAGGGUUGUCACCAGCUGAAAUCAUUUACGGACGGCCCACGAGGACACCCUGGGAACAAAGUCUCAGGAUUAAAGGCUAAAUGAAUAAGAAUAAGGAACCUUGGUUCUCGAGGGAACUCUGAUAAAGAAAAAGAGAGAUGUAUGACAUGUAUAAGAACCAGGGAGCAAAUAAGGUGCUUGAGGAGUAUAAAAAGAGUAAGAAAAUACUUAAGAAAAAAAUCAGGAGGGCUAAAAGAAGACAUGAGGUUGCUUUGGCACAGGGCCAAGGAUAAUCCAAAGAGCUACAUCAGGUAUGUUAAGAGCAAAAGGAUAGUAAGGGAUAAAAUUGGUCCUCUUGAAGAUCAGAGUGGUCGGCUAUGUAUGGAAUCGAAAGAAAUGGGGGAGAUCUUGUUUUUGCAUCUGUAUUUAGUAAGGAAACUGGCAUGGAGUCAAUGGAAAUAAGGCAAACAAGUAUUGAGGUCAUAGAACCUAUACAGAUAGAAGAGGAGGAGGUGCUUGCUAUCUUGAGGCGAGUAGAUAAAUAUCCAGGACCUGACAGGGUAUUCCCUCGGAUCUUGAAGGAGACCAGCGCUGAAAUUUCAGGGACCCUGGCAGAUAUAUUUAAAUGUCGAUAUCUACGGGUGAGGUGCCAGAGGAUUGAAGGAUAGCUCAUGUUGUUCUGUUGCUUAAAAAAGGCUCUAAAAGUAAUUCUCGAAAUUAUAGGCUGGUAAGUUGAUGUUGUUAGUGGGUAAAAUAUUGGAGGAGUACUAAGAGAUAGGAUCGACAAUUAUUUAGAUAGACAAGGUCUUAUUAGGGAGAGUCAACACAGCUUUGUGUGUGGUAGGUCAUGUUUAACAAAUCUAUUAGAGUGUUUUGAGGAGGUUACAAGGAAAGUGGAUGAAGGGAAGGCAGUGGAUGUUGUCUACCAUGGACUUCAGUAAGGCCUUUGACAAGGUCCCGCAUGGGAGGUUAGGUAGUAAAUUGGAUUAGACAUUGGCUCAAUGGAAGAAGCCAGAGAGUGGUAGUGGAGGAUUGCUUCUCUGAGUGGAGGCCUGUGACUAGUGGUGUGCCACAGGGAUCAGUGCUGGGUCCAUUGUUAUUUGUCAUCUAUAUCAAUGAUCUGGAUAAUAAUUUGGUAAAUUGGAUCAGCAAAUUUGCUGAUGAUACAAAGAUUGGAGGUGUAGUGGACAGUGAGGAAGGUUUUCAAAGCUUGCAAAGGGAUCUGGACCAGCUAGAAAAAUGGGCUGAAAAAUGGCAAAUGGAGUUUAAUACAGACAAGU